AGGGCUGCGUGGGCGCCGAGUUUCACGCUGAGUUUCACAGAAAUGAUCGCCUGAUUGCUGCGCAUCUCCACUUGAACUUUUCAGAGCACGAGAGGCUCCUCCCUGUAAACACAAAUCAAGAUAUGAUAACAUUUAAGAAUAGGACCCUGAGAGCUUCAAAACAGAUUUCAGCGGGGAGAGCUCGCGUAAUCAACGAGAUGAACCUAGAUGAGGACAGUGGCGUGUCAGUCAACUGUGGCAACGGUAAACUGAGACAAUGGCUGAUUGAUCAGAUUGACAGCAGGGUAUAUCCUGGCCUGAUUUGGGAAAAUGACGAAAAAAGCAUCUUUAGGAUUCCAUGGAAACAUGCAGGAAAACAAGACUAUAACAGAGACGAGGAUGCUGCGCUCUUCAAGGCAUGGGCAUUAUUUAAGGGAAAAUAUAAGGAAGGAGUCGACAAGCCAGAUCCCCCCACAUGGAAAACAAGACUACGCUGUGCUCUUAAUAAAAGCAAUGACUUUGAUGAGUUAGUGGAAAGAAGCCAACUAGACAUCUCAGACCCCUAUAAAGUCUACAGAAUCAUUCCAGAAGCAGCCAAAAGAGGAAUGAAAAUGAGUGUAGAGGAGACACCAUCACCUGUAAACGCCCUUGGCUAUAUUCCUCCAUAUACGUCUAUGCACAACCAGGUAUCCGGCUAUAUGGUUUCUCAGGAGAGAAGGGACUGGAGGGAUUACUCACCCCCAGAACAACAACCUCUUCCUCCUCCACAUCACCAUGGGCCACAUGCAGAGCUGCAGUAUGGUCAGUGCCACUACCCGUCACCUUUCAGUCGUACUUGGCCGGGGUCACACACAGAAAAUGGUUUUCAGCUCUCCUUCCACACCUACUUUUCAGAGUCCCAACCGUCCGUGUAUUCAAUCGACCAAAACAAUGCCAUAACAGAUUUCAGCCUGCAUGUGUCCCUAUACUACAGAGAGUCUUUGGUGAAGGAGGUUACCACCACCAGCCCAGAAGGUUGUCGGAUCACCUCUCCUUCCUCCUCUUCUCCAUCCUCUUCCUCCUCUUCUUCCCCAUGCCCAGAGGACAAGCUUCACAGCGGGGCAGAGAUGAUUCUUUUUCCAUUCCCGUACCCUGAGUCUCAGAGGCAGGGUGCUGAGAUGCUUCCUAAUGUACUGGAGAAGGGGGUGCUUCUGUGGAUGACACCUGAUGGCUUAUACGCUAAGCGCCUCUGCCAGGGACGAGUGUACUGGGAAGGACCUCUGGCUCCAUAUAUGGAUAAACCCAACAAGCUGGAGAAGGAGCAGCCAUGCAAACUGUUUGACACCCAGCAAUUCCUUAUUGAGCUUCAAGAUUUUGCCCAUAAUGGCCGACAUUUACCGAGACACCAGGUGGUGCUAUGUUUUGGAGACGAGUACCCCGACCCCCAGCGCCCGAGGAAGAUGAUCACAGCACAGGUGGAGCCAGUGUUUGCCAGAAAACUGGUGUACUAUUACCAGCAGAACAAUGGCCACUACAUGCGGGCUUUUGAUCACAUCCAGGAACAGAACACAUCUCCAACAAACGACUAUCCUUCCCAGAGAUCUCUACAGCAUAUUCAGGAGUGACACACACACACACACACACACACACACACACAUGCACACACACACACACACACACACACACACACACGAAAGAGGGCAUAAAUGUGAAAGUAAAACGCUGACCAUUUCUCACCCCUUUCGACUGCAUUGCUGUGUACUGUAAAUGAUAGAAGCUAUCAUGAGCUAUCACUGAGGGGUAGGGAUGGGGAAGACCCUGUUGUUUUCACUUGCACACCUAUGCCUUGUAGUGUUUCUGUCUGUGACUGUAGAGUAAUGUAUUUUUUUCUCUCAAGUAUUAUUGUGACAGUGUGAAGGAUGCGGUUUGAGGGUGGGGGGGGAUGAGGAGAGCGGAGGGCGACUGAGACAGGAAAUACUAGCACAGGUGCACAGGAAGAAUGGCCCCUAAGACAAACACUGAUAUGUCAAAGGGACAAAACAGAGUAUGAAUGAAUAUUUAUUGCAUUUUCACAGGUAACAGUUGACGCUCACACACUGAAGUGGCACAUUCACAAACUCUGCCUUUUUAACUCAGUUGACACAGCUCCUUUUGUGAUUCAAAACUUUUAUUACAUACAGGACUUAAUGUACACAAUAAUAAAAUGUGCUUUGGUGAGCAAGUGAACAGUCAACAAUAUCAAUGCUUGGUCCAUUGUAGACCUCAAUUCUGUUUUUUAUCGCAAAAAAAGAGCAAGCUACUACUGAAGUUUGAGAGAAAUCGAUGUUAUCACUGGUCUGGUGUAGUAGAGGAAGCCGUUAUCACACAUUUUUUAUCUCUUGGCUGCUACAUACAGUAUGUUGCAGGACACACUUACGGAACUUUAUUUCUACUGAAUCUGGCCAGCUUUUAAAAAUAUCAUAUUCAUUUAAAUUACAUCAAAAUGAACAAACACCUAAAAGGGAUCAUAAGAUAAUCUAGGUGUCCCCAGAUGAUUACAGAGAUAGUAAAAAACAUUUUUUGCUGCAUAAUAUCAUGUCUAUUCAUUUUCUCUAUUCUAUUUUUCUUGUAAAAUAGUGUAUAGUUUUACUUUUUCAGGUCUCUGAAACAAUCAGAUUUAAAAACUCACUUUUCGAUUGAACGGGUAACAACUUAUGGACAUGAACUUUGUGACAAGUGUUUGCAAGUAGACAUGGCUUUGUAUUAAAUUCUCACAAGCAAAAAAAAGGUGAGGGACCACUAACUUACAACACAUUAUCAGAGAGCAGCUUGGGCAUCAGGGUUUGUGUCACCAGAAAGAGUGGGUGACCUUGACCUUUUGGACUGUUGACUGGAAAAAUCACACUCAUCCUGUAACUUGCAAGGACACCGGACCAUUUCCUCUUCACCUGAAACUUUAGGCCUCACAAAUGGGAAGAAAAACUACCUUUGUGGUCUGCGCGCAAGUUUAGCCAGGGAGGAGCUCUCUGGUUCCCAUGCCAGAGAUACCCUGAGUUCCCUGAGAUACUGUUGAGAUUCACUCACUGGAAGUAACUUCCACACAAAAGCUAUCAUAAGAUCCUAACAACCUAGUUAAGAAUGUAUCAUAAGACAUACCUAUCAAAUAGUGAAAAUAAUGCAAUUCCUCAUGCUGUCAAAGUCCUAAAGGCUCAUGCAUCAAGUGAUAAAGGUUUUAUUAUGUUUUUCUUCUGUGGUCCAGAGUUUCGAUCUUUGCAUUUACUUCCUUCACACUUCAACCACAUCACUUUCACAAUGGCUUCAAAAGUCUGACCAAAAUCACA